UCAAUUUUCGCUUUAUUGUUCGCAUAGCAACAGGCCGCCGAGCGCUAGGCGCCGGGAGCGGGCAGUUGGGGCGCGGGGUGCGGUGUGCGUUCGAGUCGCGCCACAGUGGCGCGGCGCACACAGCCAGUCAGUUGCUAGUACGCUUUACUACGCAACACACGUACGUUUUCGCGCGCCGCCCUGCCGACUGCUUUAUUUACGUAAAGAAUUAGUCGAAAUGUCGUCCAAUACUAAUGUUAGCAAAAUGAAAAUAAGUCAGUUUUCAAUUUCGGUACUUUUUGAUUGGAAAACCAAAUCUAGCUUCGCGUGGAAGCACUUUGGUCAAUUGAUUUUGGAAGAAGAAAACAAAAGGAGUAAAAUUUUCACUGAUCAAGUUUAUUGCGAGCAAUGUCUUACAGCCUGCCAAUCUGAAAAUGGUGAUAUAUCGUUCGAAAUGUAAGUAUUUAUCUAAACUCACAUUCUCUUAUUAUAGGUAUAUUAAUUACUGUAUAUUAUUAAAAGAAGUAGGUACCUACUACCUAUAAAUCAAUCACGUCUGUGGGACAGACUAUUGACAAUGACGCAAUGUAACUUUUUCUAGGUUCAAGAUGUACUAGAUGCGCUGGACCAUUCUGACUGACAGCUCAGUGCUGUAUUCAGUAUUUUUGGCCAAAAUUAAGUCAUAUGGCAAAACCAUCAGCACAGGGAAUCUUAUAAGACACUUAAGAGACUCUCACAAUAUAAGGGAGGACAAAACUGAGUCAACAAGACUUAUAAACGACUUUUUUACCCCCACCCCACGCCCUCGAGCAAGAGCCACAGUUGCUUCCAGUUCAACAAUGAAUAUGGUUACUAAAAAAGAUAAAUGGAUUCUUGCAAGAGAUUUAGCACUUUGGUUUUGCACCUCACUCAUGCCAUUUGACUCUGUUUCGGAUGAAGGGAUGAUCGAUUUCUUUAAGAAAUAUAACAUAAUUGUCUCUGAUGAAGACAUGCCAUCAAGAUACACUGUUGGUCGAGGUGCGCUAGAUGACGUAUAUGAAACUAUGCUUGCGACUGUGAAAACCCAAAUAUUAACAGGAACUCCACGACAUGUCUCUAUUACGUUUGAUUUGUGGACGGACCAGUAUCGAAGACUCAACUAUAUUACAUUCACGCUUCAUUUCAUUACUGCUGGUGAGAGAGAACCCACUAAUAUUAGACUUACCUUUAGUUUGUGGCCUAUUUUAGGAAACAGGCCUCCUAUCCUUGGUUUUCUACUGUAGCAGACUAUAACGUAGAAAUGUCACCCAUAUUCCAUCCAUUACUCUUACAGAUUUUUACUUUUUCAGAUUACGAGCUCAUAAGUUUUACACUCAGUACUCAACUAGUCCAAGGAAAAAAGACAGGGAAAAGAUUCAAGGACUGAUAAAUACUACAGUAUCAGAAUUUGGGUUGUGUGAUAAAGAGUUGCAUACGGUAACAGACGCAGGAUCAAACGUUAAGCGUGCCAUUUCGCUGUCUGGUCUUGACAGCCAUCUAUGUUUGGGGCAUGGUUUACAUAACCUGGUCAUUGCUGAUGGGAUUAAAAAUGUCCCUUCUUUGAAAG